GGGAAACCAUUACGACUGUGGAAAAUUCCACUUGAUUUCUUUCUUUCAUUGGCAUACACUUGAUGCUUCAGAUCAGGAAACAAUGAGCUGCUUUACUCAAAUGCUGGAAAACUGGAUUAGUUUUCCUUAUUUAGAAGACUACCUGACCUCGGUGGUUCACCCUCUGUGGUUUUUUGUGCUUCCGAUGUUGUUUUAUUCAGCAAUAUUGGUUUUCUGGGUUUUUUCCUCUUGUGCCUCACUAUUGUUAUAUAUUUACAAGAAGAUGAAUAACCACCAAGAAAAUGAUUUUUAUAGCAAAUUUUGGGACAAGCCAAGGCAAGUUAUGGCUAAAGUUGUAGAUACAUAUGGAAAGAUAUGGCAUGGUUAUGAAGUUAUGGACAUGGAACGUCUCCCUAAAGGUCCAGGGAUUAUUAUUCUCUACCAUCCACCUUUUCCUAUCAACUAUUUAUUAUUUCUGACUAAACUUUAUAAAAAGACAGGGUUACACUGCCAUUCAGUAAUUGAUCACAUGUUGUAUUGGACGCCAGGGAUGAAGAUGCUAUGUGAUGUUACCUUCUUGAGAAAUUACACGAAUGCUGAAUGUGUGGAAAUUCUGAAGAAAGGCUAUUUAUUGGGCAUUAUACCUGGUGGAGCUAGAGAAGGAAACUUUAGUAAUGAUUACAGCUUAAUGUGGGGUAACCGCACAGGUUUUGCUCGGAUAGCUUUGGAGGCGAAAGUGCCCAUCAUCCCUAUAUUUACCCAAAACAUGUGUGAAGUAUACAGGACCAUUGGAAAUACAAGGCUGACAAAAUGGCUGUAUGAGAAAACUCGAUGUAUAUUCCUUCCCUCUUAUGGAGGGUUCCCAGUGAGAUUGAGGACAUAUGUUGGAGAACCCAUCCCAUAUGAUCCAAAUAUAACUGCCACAGAGCUGGCUGAAAAAGCAAAGACUGCACUGGAAAAUCUUCGGGAUAGACACCAAAAGAGGCCAGGAAAUAUAUUAAGAGCUCUUUUAGAACGAUUUGAUAAGCAUGACAAAGCCAACUAG